CUGUGCUAAUGGGCCCCGACCUGAGAAAAGCCCCGAGUGCUGGGAGCCUUUGUCUGGGAUGGACGGAACGCGGAAAGGAGCCCAGGGACCUGGGGCGGAGGGGCAAGGGCCUUGAGGACUGCCUGGAGGAAUCUCUCCCAGUCCCCUAGCCAGGCACGGCAGCAAGGCCCACGGGCGCAGCGGCACCUCCGCCAACUUCGAAUGUAAGCCGGGAGAGGCCGUCAGGGCCAAACCUGGGUUUUGCGCCUUCCGAGCCAAGUCUUCCCAGCCACCAGGGCAACAACCGAGAGCCUUUCUUGUCCGGCAAGGGCCCUAGGAGGCCCGCGCUUUCUCUGAAAGCGAAAGGAGUGGGCGGGGGGCGCGGCCGAGGCGGGGCCCGGGCCGGCGGCGCGCAGGCUCCGCCCCGGGGCAGUCCCAAGCCCCGGGCGCUGAGCGUCUAGAGUCCCCGCCGCGCCGCGGGCUGGUGGGCUCGGCUGCUGCGCCGGUGCCGAGAAAUGACCCUGCCCGGGGGCCCGACGGGCAUGGCGCGGCCGGGGGGCGCGGGGUCCUGCAGCCCCGGGCUGGAGAGGGCCCCGCGCCGGAGCGUCGGAGAGCUGCGCCUGCUCUUCGAAGCGCGCUGUGCCGCGGUCGCCGCCGCCGCCGCCGCAGGGGAUCCCCGGGCCCGCGCGGCCAAGCGGCGUGGGGGACAGGUGCCGAACGGGCUCCCGCGGGCUCCCCCUGCCCCGGUGAUCCCGCAGCUGACAGUGACAGCUGAGGAGCCGGAUGUACCCCAGGCCAGCCCUGGGCCCCCGGAGCCGGAGGGUGACUGCCUCCCGGCUGGGGGCUCACACCUGCAGCAGCCACGCCGCCUGUCCACUUCGUCGCUCUCCUCCACCGGCUCCUCAUCGCUACUCGAGGACUCGGAGGACGAUCUGUUGAGCGACAGUGAAAGCCGGAGCCGCGGUAACGUGCAGCUGGAAGCGAGCGAGGACGUGGGUCAGAAAAGCCACUGGCAGAAGAUCCGAACCAUGGUGAACCUGCCCGUCAUGAGCCCGUUCAAGAAGCGCUACGCCUGGGUGCAGCUGGCGGGACACACGGGGAGCUUCAAGGCGGCCGGCACCAGCGGUCUGAUCCUGAAGCGCAGCUCCGAGCCCGAGCGCUCCUGCCUGGCGCGGCUGAUGGCCGACGCGCUGCGCGGCUGCGUGCCCGCCUUCCACGGCGUGGUGGAGCGCGACGGUGAAAGCUACCUGCAGCUGCAGGACCUGCUGGACGGCUUCGACGGGCCCUGCGUGCUGGACUGCAAGAUGGGCGUCAGGACGUACCUGGAGGAGGAGCUGACCAAGGCCCGCGAGCGGCCCAAGCUGCGCAAGGACAUGUACAAGAAGAUGCUGGCCGUGGACCCUGCGGCGCCCACCGAGGAGGAGCACGCGCAGCGCGCCGUCACCAAGCCGCGCUACAUGCAGUGGCGGGAGGGCAUCAGCUCCAGCACCACGCUGGGCUUCCGUAUCGAGGGCAUCAAGAAAGCGGAUGGCUCCUGCAGCACCGACUUCAAGACUACUCGAAGCCGGGAGCAGGUGAUUCGCGUCUUCGAGGAGUUUGUGCAAGGAGAUGCGGAAGUGCUGAGGAGGUAUCUGAACCGCCUGCAGCAGAUCCGGGACACCCUGGAGGUCUCCGAGUUCUUUAGGAGGCAUGAGGUGAUUGGCAGCUCGCUCCUCUUUGUCCACGACCACUGCCAUCGCGCCGGUGUGUGGCUCAUCGACUUUGGCAAGACCACACCCCUCCCUGACGGCCAGAUCCUGGACCACAGGCUGCCCUGGGAGGAGGGCAACCGUGAGGACGGCUACUUGCUGGGGCUGGACAAUCUCAUUAGCAUCCUGGCCAGCCUGGCCGAGAGAUGAGGCUGGGUCCUUGUCCCCACAUGGGCCAGCCGCUGAGACAGACAUGGACCUGCGGCUGUGUCCUCACCAUGCAUGCUGGCCAGAGACUGGACCCCUGCGGUGCAGGGCAGUUCACAGGGUCCUGCAGGACCAGGUGUCAACCAGUAAGGGGCGCAUUGCCAGCGGGAGGGGGGUGCCCCAAAAGCCCCUGCGUUCCCACAGAAUGACACUAAUUUCCCUGAGGAGAGGGGGUAGAGGGCUUCCUCAGCCCAGGCCUCCAGAGGAGGUGCUGCGCCUGUCCAGAGCGGCCAGAUCAUGACUUUGACUUCCCAGCCCUAGACCUCCUGGUGGAACCUCUCACACUACAAUGGACUCCCCCUCCCAAUAAAAGGCAAAGCCCCA